AUGAAGGACAUCAAAGUCAAUGCCACAUUCUAUCCCACGUCAUUCAUCCUGGUCGGGAUUCCUGGACUAGAAGGAGCUUAUAACUGGGUAGCUGCUGGUGUUUGCUUUUGCUGGAAGAUAGUGCUGGCUUUGCUGGGAAACAUAAUGCUCCUGACAAUCAUCUCAGCAUCUUCUGUCCUCCACAAGCCUAUGUUUAUUUUCCUUUCCCUGUUGGCCUUAAAUGACACCCUUCUGUCCACAAGCAUAGCUCCUAAAAUGCUGUCUGUCUUCUGGUUCCACGAGGGACACAUUAGUUUUGUGUCAUGUCUCCUCCAGAUGUUCUUCCUCCAUUCUUUCUGCAGCUUUGAGUCGGGCCUUUUGCUUGGAAUGGCGUUUGACCGUUAUAUUGCCAUCUGCCAGCCGCUCAGAUAUGGGUCCAUAAUAACCAACAUCUUCAUCGUCAGGCUGGUCAUCAUCAUACUGCUCAGAGCGGUGGCUUUGGUUGGUUCUUGCGUAGUUUUGAUCAAUAACUUUCCUGCAUUUAAAACCAACAUUGUGGCCCAUUCGUACUGUGAACACAUGGCGAUUGUGAAACUUGCUGCUGCCGACAUCAGAAUAAACAGUGCUUUGGGGUUAACGGUGGCAUUCACAAUCCUAGGAGUAGACCUGAUGUUUAUCCUGGUGUCCUACUGCGCCAUCUUCCAUGCUGUCUUCAGACUUCCAUCCAAAGACGCCCGACUGAAAACCUUCAACACCUGCAUACCUCAUGUGUGCGUCUUUCUAAGUUUUCAUGGUCUGGCACUCUUCACUUUCCUGUCCCACCGGUAUGGUGGUAAAAGAAUUCCACCUUAUGUUCAUAUAAUGCUAGCAGAUACCUACCUUCUAGUUCCACCCAUGCUAAACCCAAUGAUUUAUGGGGUGAAGACAAAGCUGAUCCGGGAGCAAGUCUGGAAAAUGUUACAGAAAUAUCAAAGCUCUCUAUCAAAGGGACGGAAUCUGUAG